AUGGCCCCCCAGACAUCCAGCAAAGAUCCACUAUGGCAAUGCGCAGCUGUCGUGUUGACCAGUUUCUUGCUAUUUCUCGUGGUUGGCAUCGUGGCUGUUGUCCACCACAGCAGAGAGGCCUACCUCGCAUGUGAGACAAUGGGAGGAGCUAUAUGGAUGACUUCGGUAAUCUUCACUGCGUUGAAGAUAUCGACGAACAGUAUGUCGUUUUUCAUCCAAGGACGCAGCAUGAAAAGCCGGCUGAUGACCGCCCAGGAAAGCAGGUCGUCUACAACUCCAAUCUGAUCAACAGCAUCCUCACCAGCGUCCUGACGAUGGCCAUGUGUCUCAUCCUGUAUCCCCUCGCCUGGUACCCCAGCCUCAAUCGCGAGACUCUCCGCCAGGAAGUCCAGGACAUGGAACAGAUGCCUCUGCCCGCAGUCGCCUGGAUUUCCAUCAUGGAACGCUACGACUCCGCACAGCUCCUGAAUUACCCCCAUCCAAAGGGAAUACUCACCGAUAUUACGGGCGGGUGGGAUGAUACGUUGACACCGUGCCUGGAUCAAGACGUGGAGCAUAUUCUCGGAAAUCAUUACUGCAACUGUUCCGACAUGUUCACGGGCGUCAUGCGAGCGCCACUGCCGAAUCAUACGGGUGGUGUGUCGUACCAAGUCUUCUUGCCCUCCCCCGAGAUGGUCGUCAACACGACCAAUGCCACCGUAGCGCUGCAAGUCUUCUCGUCGCGUCGGUAUCCUUUUCAAACCCCCCUGAAAAUGCUUGUCUGUACUGACCGAUACAACCAGAUAACACUUCGACCGUCCCCAAAGGAUGGCCGGUACCAGGACCAACAUAUCUCCUCAUGAUAUACGAUCAGAGCCUCCCUUUUCGAGACGCCUUCACCAAAGGCUAUGCUACCGUGAUGCAGAUCUCGAUGCUGGGCUCGUCGCGCAUCAUCGUCAGCCCCAAGUGGAGAGUGGGUUGGAACCGCGAAUCCUACUACUACUUUGGUAAGCCGCAAUAUGCGUGCCGCCGAUGAAUGGAAACGGCAAGAUUCUCUAACCCAAGGGUCAGAUGUGGAAUCGACUUCCACACCCUAUCUGAACGACGUCUGCGACGUCAAGACCGACCGAUACUGGUGCUACACGACCGUCACCGUCCAGUUCUCCGACAUGACACGCACGGUCAUGCGUCGGCUGAAAGCCGCUUCCCCGGGCGUGAGUAUUCAGUCGUCCUCGUCGCUACAAACUCGAUCGACACUGCGACUGACUCGAUCAAGGAUGUCUUUGCCCAAGUCGGGGGAUACUUCGCUUUGGUGCAGUUCCUCUGCUGGCUUUUCAGCAAGCAGGCGCUGCAAGGGGACUCAGGCUCCCCGUGA